AUGACAGCAACACCACCACCAGCACACGCAGCGUCGAUCGGCACUUCACUCAAGCCGCAGCAGCAGCAACAGGCAAGCGCCUCGCCCUCGUCCUGUACGCCAAUCAUCAUCCAAGCGCAUGUGCAGGUGCAGGUGCAGGCGGCGACGACGACGACGAUGCUCGCGCCCGCCACACCCGUGCGCUCCGCCAGCCUCGCAUCGAUCGGCAUGAACACGAGCCCAAGCGGGGCAAGUGGCGGCGGCGGCAGCGCCGAGGUGUGGGCCUUGCCGCGACCAGAACACGACGCAGCUCGCGAGCGGGGGACUGCGCAACCAGCAGCAGCAAUCGUCGCACAGACACCGACGCACACCUUUUACUCAGCGGAUGCCAGCCCUGCUGCCUCGCAUGGCCAAGGCACUGAACUCGGCUCGCCAUCACCAUCGCUUAGCAACGACCGGGUGCAGGUACCAGGACAAGCACCACCAGCGACACCAGCAGCAGCGAAUUCCACGCAUCUCGCGCUCGCAGUCCGGCGCGGGUCCGAGUCGAGCGUCAGCAAGGAGAAAGAAGACCAAGCCACUGCCCAUCAAGCAAGCAGCGACAAAGACAAGAAAUGGAAGAGCAUGCUCAACCGAUUCGGCAGCAUGGGCCGCAAAAGCUCCACCUCCUCCCCAUCCCCCGCAACGCCGAUAGGCAGCCCCCCCUUGCAGCCCCUUAGCCUGCCAGCUUCUUCCUCCACUUGUCUUCCUCGUGCUUUUUCGUCUUCUCCCUCUUCCUCCGCAGCAGUACCCACAGGUGCGGGCUCCGGCCUCCUUGCAAGUCCUAUCAGCGGCGUAUCCAGCAAUAAGGCCAAGCUCACCCCUUCAUCCCCCGGUGCCCCCCACCCUCAGCGAUCUGUCACACCACAGCUGGACGCCCUCGACUUUGGCACACCCACCUCACUCAGCAGCCUCGCGCAUUCCACAACAUCACAUUCCGACUCACCAUCUCCCCUCUGCGGUACCGGCGGUGGCCUCGCAGCAAGUCCCGGGCAGAACACGACAGUCACGACGCCGACGCUCAUGGAAGAGAUCAUGGGCCUUGGACUCGCCAGCGCUUCACCUGCCGCAGGGCAGGAUAAGGACACCAUGGCUUUUCCCACUACCAUCACCGCUUGCACGACGAGCGCGAGCGCAAACGGAGGCAUCACAGGCGAUGGAUGGGGCGACAGCGUCACCCUCGCCUCGGCGAAGACCAAUGGCAAUGUGCCUCCUGCGACGGCUCCUCCUGCGCUAGUUCCGCCCGGCACCGGACCACGUGUGCCGAGCACCGCCCCCCCCUUGCAGCCCGCGCUCACGCCCACAUCGGAUCUCCAGCCAGCAACAGCAGCAACAUCUUCCCCCUCGCAAGGCGCCUCCGUAUCCAUGGAUCGCAGGCAGCAGUUGACCGGCGGCACGAGCACCAGCACCGGCAGCAUCUCGGGCGCUUCACUCCGCUCCACUAUCGCCAAGGGCGGUGGCGGUGCAUAUACGCACGCUCAACCCCAGUCGACCGUGGUAUCCAACGUCCCCCCUCUCCUGCCGCAGAAUUGCAAGGGCGCCAGUACAAGUGCAGGCAAAGACCCCGGGAACAGCAGCAGCAGUGGUGGUGGAGGAUUGGGGUUUGCCGCCAGGCUUCUCCGUCGCGUCAGCAGCGCGCCGGACGCAAACAAGAUGUUCGUCGGCGGUGCCCAUGGCACCUUGGCAGCAGCAGCAGCAGCAACAGCAGAUGGCUCCUCGUCGCACGCAAGCGGUGAGCAGGUCCCGCCGCUGCCAUUACAUGGCGUGCACAAGCAGUACGCCACCACCACCGCCACCGGAGACACGCUCAAGAUCGUCCACACGCCCUCAUUCUUGGACGGAAGGCCGCUCGAAGAGGUCGGCACCCCGAUCCAGGGCAUCAUCGACGCCGUCUAUGGGGGCGUCACCCUGCCGCCCAGCAAGACUGGCAGCAACAGCAGCAGCAGUGGUACUACUACUGGUUCUGUUGCUGCUGAUGCCAAGAGCCGAUCUUCAUCAUCAACUUCUGGCAAAGACGGAAAGGAAAAGGGAAAGGGAAAGGGAAAGGGAAAGGCCGUUAAGGGGCGCUCUGCGUCGCAUCACUCCAUCUCUGAGUCGACAGCUGCCAUGACGGCUGCAUCGGCCGUUGCGGCCACAAAAGUUGAGCCACAGUGGCCCACGUUCCCCGGCAGCCCUGUUCGCAUGGACGGCAACGCGACGAGUUUCAGCAGCAAAGACUUUGAGCGUGGCUACGCCGCAUGUGGGCACAUCAAUGGCGGCAGCAGCACCAACAGCAACAGCGGUGGUGGUGGUGUUGGCGCAGGUGGGAGUGGUAACAAGAUCAACGGCCUGACGAAGGGACGCAGCAUGAUCAGUUUCCCCGGUAGUCGCAAAAAGGACGCGGAGAAGCAGCGGGUCGCCAGCGCCAGCGCUCACCUCGGCAGCUCUGGCUCGUCGAGCAACGGGCAUGGGUACGCGAGUGGCGCGAGCAGUCACGGCGGCGCCACUGGCAUCGGCACGCCGCCACUCAACGGCGGCUCGUCGUCGCUUGCUGUGCCCCCUUCGCCGAAUGGCACACUGGGGACAGCGAAUGCUGUCAGCAACAACGCCAGCGGCAGCGCUGUUGGUGCGGGCGCUGGAGCUGGGAGGAGUGUGUUCCGCAGGACGUACUCCAGCAACAGCAUAAAAGUCAAGGCCGUCGAGGUCGGGCCGAACAGCUUUAGCAAAGUCAAGAUGCUCGGCAAAGGCGAUGUCGGCAAGGUAUACCUCGUGCGCGAAAAGAAGACCGAGAGGCUGUACGCCAUGAAAGUCCUAAGCAAAAAGGAGAUGAUCAAGCGCAACAAGAUCAAGCGCGUCAUGGCCGAGCAGGCGAUCCUCGCCGCAUCGAACCACCCGUUCAUCGUAACGCUGUACCACUCUUUCCAGUCUGAGGACUACCUUUAUCUCUGCAUGGAGUACUGCAUGGGUGGCGAGUUCUUCCGCGCCUUACAGACGCGACCCGGCAAGUGCCUCGCAGAGGAGGAUGCGCGCUUCUACGCUGCCGAAGUAAUCGCUGCGCUCGAGUAUCUGCAUCUCAUGGGAUUCAUAUAUCGCGAUCUCAAACCAGAGAAUAUUUUGCUGCACCAAUCAGGGCAUGUAAUGCUUUCCGACUUUGACCUUUCGGCGCGAGCUGAACGGCACGGCGGUGCGCCUGCUGGGAUCCGGCAGGCGACACCGAACAGUGCCCCGCUCGUUGACACGCGGUCGUGCAUCGCCGACCUGCGUACAAACUCGUUCGUUGGCACGGAAGAGUACAUCGCACCCGAAGUCAUCAAGGGCAAUGGACACACGAGCGCCGUCGAUUGGUGGACGCUAGGCAUCCUUAUUUACGAGAUGGUCUUUGCAACCACGCCAUUCAAAGGCUCGUCUCGCAACGCUACGUUUUCAAACGUCCUUCGCAACGAGGUGACCUUCCCCGAAUCCACCCCGAUCUCUUCUUUUGGCAAGUCGCUCAUCCGUAAGCUGCUCAUCAAAGACGAAAACAAGCGUCUAGGCUCGCAGAGCGGCGCCAGCGAGGUCAAGCAGCACAAGUGGUUCGCGCCGAUUUCUUGGGGUCUGCUGCGCAACCUGACGCCGCCCAUCGUGCCGGCAGACUCGAGCGGAACAGAUGCCAUCAACUUCCGCAACGUCAAGGAGAGCCGCUCGCUCAACCUGGACCAUCAAGGCGACGGCAAGGAGGCAGCUCUGUCGUCCUCAUCCAAGCGCAAGCAAGGUGGCGGCGGCGGCAGCAGCAGCAGCAACCGGGGAGCGAAGCCGACGCAAGUGCAUGCCACAGCCGGCAAGAACGGUGUACAAGACGAGGAGGGUGAUGCUGUGGAAAGCAAUCCCUUCAGCGGCUUCUCCAGCAUAACUCUCAAGCACGACGAUGACUAG